GAAGAAUGACCGGUUUCACUUCAUAAUUGACAACCAGGUGCUUGGUAAAGCUGGGAUCCAUCCACUGGACUUCAGAUGAGACGAGAAGAGAAGCCAAAAGGGGAAACCUCCAGGAAAAACUGGAGUCGAGAAAACUGCUCCAGGCGUUCUGAUGAAUACCCGACGUCUGCAAGUCAUCCGCACAGCCAAUCAAGCGAAGUCUGGAUUGUGGGGUAUACUUACCGAAACGUCACAGGGGCUUCCCCUCCGGACGACGAUCAAUCACUCGUGUAUUCUUGCCAAUGUCUGGUACAAGAUGCACGGAUGGGAUGAAAUAUCACUUUUCUUUGAUGGGUCCGUUGAACUCGGACCAGGUGUUGGUACGUGUGCCAAUUGAUAUAAGUAAAAGGUCUGGUCUGCCACUAGGUUUUUUCAACUCAUCAGCAUCAAUUCCAUUCUCUUCGAUUCAUUCUAUUCAUUCGUUCCGCCGGUCGGUCAUUCUCAUCACACCACAAAGCUCAACUUCAAUCACCACUCCCUCAACCAUCAAUAUGCGUUUUUCAAUUGCCACCAGCGUCUUCGCUCUCUUCACCCUCGCGACCGCCCUCGCUCCCUUCAACGAGAACCGAUCAUUGGAAGCUCGUCAAAAUGAAAACAGACCCGUUCCUAAUGGGACUUGCUGUGUCCCAAACACAAGUUUGAAGCAGGAUGUUUGCAACACCGAGGGAACGACUGGAAGAUGUGUUCCAGGUGACAAGGAGGGCGUCCAAUGUAAGUAUUCGAACUUUGAAAUGUUGGAUGUGCUUUGCUAAUAAGAUUUGAUAGGCAACGGAGCACUUAACUGUGUUGCUGAUGCAAAACUCACCUGUGAUCCAAAUAUCCUUGAGCGUGGUCGUCCUCGCUGCAGAGCUAUGUAAGAGUGGCAACAGGAAAAGAAUCUGGGAGGACUCGUGGAUGUGAUGGGGAUUAAUCGCUCAGUAAUAGAUAACCUACAUAGAAGAAUCAAGAGUACUUGCUGAG